GCGGCUUCCGUUCCGUUCGGGGCCGGGGCCGGGGCCGGGGCUGGAGGCGGAAAAGUUGCGCGGCGGCGAGGAGCAGCCCCGGGACGGUCAGCGAGGGCGACAGCAGCCGGGCGGCGGCGUCUGCGGACCCCGCCAUGGACGACCUCGACGCCCUGCUGGCGGACUUGGAAUCGACCACCUCCCAUAUCUCCAAAAGGCCGGUGUUCUUGUCAGAGGAGCCUCCCUACUCCUACCCAACCGGAACCCGUACCUACCAGGAGAUUUCAGUGCCGCCUCCUGUCCCGCCACCCCCGUCCAGCGAGGCCCUCAAUGGCACAAUCCUUGACCCCUUAGAUCAGGGGCAGCCUAGUGGUUCCCGAUACGCUCACCAGCAGCCUCCGUCCCCAUCGCCUGUGUACAGCUCCAGUGCUAAGACUUCCGGUGCCUCUAACCCCCAGGACGGCGCUCUCUAUUCCCGAGCAGGCGAGGAAGAGCACGUCUACAGCUUCCCCAACAAGCAGAAGUCCGCGGAGCCCUCGCCAACGGUGAUGAGCUCCUCCCUGGGCAGCAACCUCUCGGAACUUGACCGUCUGUUACUAGAGCUCAAUGCCGUACAGCACAACCCUUCAGGCUUCCCUGCAGAUGAUGCCAACUCAAGCCCCCCACUACCUGGAGCCUUGAGCCCCCUUUAUGGCGUCCCAGAGAGUAACAGUUCUCUGGGAGGAAAAGCAGGGCCCCUGAUGAAGGAGAAGCCAAAGCGGAAUGGUGCCCGGGGCCUGGAGGAUGUGCGGCCCAGCGUGGAGAGCCUCCUGGACGAACUGGAGAGUUCUGUGCCCAGCCCUGUCCCGGCCAUCACUGUGAACCAGGGUGAGAUGAGCAGCUCACAGCGAGUCACCUCCAGCCAGCAGCAGACACGCAUCUCGGCCUCCUCUGCCACCAGGGAGCUGGACGAGCUCAUGGCUUCACUGUCGGAUUUUAAGACUAGCUCUCCUGCCGUAGCACUGAGCUCCCAGGGGCUGCUGCCCAGCUCGACUCCAUCCCCACCCCGCACCCUUCCUCACCCUCCUCCUCCCCCCACUAAACCCGCCCCUGGAGGCCACACCCCAGAAGUCCUCCAUAGGGAAGGAAAUAGUCAGGUCCUUCUACCUUCUGUGGCUCCCAGAAGGCUUGCUUUGAUCAGUCUUGAGGGGAUGUCUGGCACUCCGAACUCACAGUGUCCCUCAGGGGAGGAUUCUCAGCUGUCAUUUGGUGCUGAGAGCCAGGCUCAAGUUAGGAAUGACCUCACAGACUCCAUGAGUGAGCCUUUUCUUCGGACUCCAGUCUGCUACACCCCACACCCUGCUGUGAGCAUAGGAUCACAGGGGCCGCUGGCCAACCAUGCCUGUUCAGAGGAGACAGUGGCUCCCAUUUGGAGAUGGCCACAGGCUAUGCCAGCAUCCAGGCCUGAGAUUCCCCAUGGAGUGGCUUACAGCUUCCAGGGAGGGAUUGAGCCAGCAGCUGUGGCAGUGGAUCGGCAGGCUGUCCUCCCAGACACCUGGAGCCUCACCAAGGAAUGUGGCCAGCGGGAGCAAGCACAGUCAGAAGCCAGGGGCCUGGAAAGUGGUUGCCCUACCCUAGCUAACAAGGAACAGUUAGGUGGAAAGAUUCCCUGGAGAGGGAGCCUGGGGGGACCAACCCAGGCACUUGAGAACCCAGGGAACCCAGAAGGUGCCACUCAAGCCGCCCUGGAGGCCAGGAAGGAAGAGCCGGAGCUUCCUCAUGCCGGGGACGUGGGCACACCCAGCACCUCAGAGAGGAUUUCCACGGCAGGCCAGAUCCGCUCUGUGAUCAGGAGGAGCCGGGAGACGGGCCACGUCCAUCCUAUGUCCCGGGAACCCUCCCCUCGCCGCCGGCUGGACCCUGCCACCCUGAGCAGGACCCCAUCCCAGGAGCGGCUCAUUGCAGAGCUGCAGGGCCGGCUGGGCAUCCAGCUGGAGGCAGAGGAGGUGGCGGGGGCCUCGGCCCAGGACUGGCUGACCGAAGGCGUUGUCAUCACUGUGCAGCCACGUGGGAGGCGGGCCAGGGGGCAGCUGGUAGAGAAGGUCAUCUACCCUCCUGACUCUCCCAUCCCCCUGAGAAGAACCCUCUCUGUUGUGGCUCCUUCUCCUCCUGGCCCUCUGCUCCAGCCUCACCCUGACACCCUGGCCAGCAGCUCUCCUCUCCGGCCCAGCCUGCCUACUCCCUCCUGUCCAGGGCCCUUGCCUGGUACCUGUGCUGCUUCUGGGGCUCAGAGUGCAGGGGGAAAGCCCCAGGAGGAGGACGGGCAAGGCCCUCCUGGCCUCCCUCCUGUUCCCCACACCGUGAGGUCUGUGGGCUGUCAGACCAACGAGGACCCGCUCUUCCUCCUCCCGAUGCAGGCAUGCCUCCCAGGGUCCCAGCACCUGCCCUACCCGUGCCCUGUGUCAUCCCUGAGCCACCUCAGCCCCAACACAGUAACAAUGCACGGCCUGGAGCAGAGAGCGGAUGGAGAGCGGCAGGGGGCAGCCGGCUGGCCCCCCAGCAGCAGGCAGAGCUGCCCCGAAGGGCAGGACGAGGGAGGGUUCAUGGCCCAGGGGAAAACUGGGAACAGCCCACCCCCUGGGGGACUCUCAAAGCCUGGGAGCCAGCUCGACAGCAUGCUGGGAAGCCUGCAGUCUGACCUGAACAAGCUGGGGGUCGCCACGGUGGCCAAAGGGGUCUGUGGGGCCUGCAAGAAGCCCAUCGCCGGGCAGGUUGUGACUGCCAUGGGGAAGACAUGGCACCCCGAGCACUUUGUCUGCACCCACUGCCAGGAAGAGAUCGGAUCCAGGAACUUCUUCGAGAGGGACGGACAGCCUUACUGUGAAAAGGAUUACCACAGCCUCUUCUCCCCACGCUGUUACUACUGUAACGGGCCCAUCCUGGAUAAAGUAGUGACAGCGCUUGACCGGACGUGGCACCCGGAACACUUCUUCUGUGCUCAGUGCGGAGCCUUCUUCGGUCCAGAAGGGUUCCAUGAGAAGGACGGCAAAGCCUACUGUCGGAAAGAUUAUUUCGACAUGUUUGCGCCCAAAUGUGGCGGCUGUGCCCGAGCCAUCCUGGAGAACUACAUUUCAGCCCUUAACACCCUCUGGCACCCAGAAUGCUUUGUGUGCAGGGAAUGCUUCACGCCUUUUGUCAAUGGUAGCUUCUUCGAGCACGAUGGGCAGCCGUACUGUGAGGUCCACUACCAUGAGCGGCGCGGCUCCCUGUGCUCUGGUUGCCAGAAGCCCAUUACCGGCCGCUGCAUCACCGCCAUGGCCAAGAAGUUCCACCCGGAGCACUUUGUCUGUGCCUUUUGCCUCAAGCAGCUCAACAAGGGCACCUUCAAGGAGCAGAAUGAUAAGCCCUACUGCCAGAGCUGCUUCCUGAAGCUCUUCUGCUAGGCCCCGCCCGUCACCCGCCCCUCCCCAGCCAGCGCCACCCACUGCUACUGUGACCCAAGGACCUCGCCCAGGGGUGACGGGCCAAUCCGACAGAAACUGGAAGCUUGUCCGUGGCAGGUUCUGGACAGGACUGUGGAGGUCCUGCCUGAUCCUCCCCGACACAGAGUUUCAGGGGCCUUCGCCCCCUUCUACAGCUCUCCUGGGCUCUGUGCUCUUCAUCCUCCCCAGAGGUGGAGGCUGGGGCCCAGACAUCCCUAAGUGUGUCCUCGUGAGCCAGCACCGCACCCCUGAGCCUCACCCACUGUCGCCUUUCAGUAUGGAGCCAGAGUGGACGGGCAGCGAGGGUCAGCCAGGGGCUCUUUUUAUCCUUAUUUCUCCCACCCUGAUUACCCUAGCAUACUGGGGACAGCGGGCCCCCUCGAGACAAUGCCAGCAUAAACUCACGCACAGGCCUCCAAAGGCCCUUUGGGUCCCACCGGCCAGUCUCCAGGGCCUGGGUGAUUGCCCAGGUUUGCCGAGAGAGGCUUCUCCAGCAAUAAUUUUUAUAUAGCCACAUCUCCGUCUCUGAGGAUGGUGUCGGGUAGGGAUGGUCACCCCUGCCUUGGCACUGUAAAGUUUUGAUAGAUUUCUACACUGAGGUCCCACUUCCCAUUGCUCCAGUUGCUUUUACAUCUCUCCACAAGAUAGAUGCUUUUGAAGAGAUGUAAAGAAGUCCCCUUUUGUACAUUGUCUCUGUCACUGUCCUGCCAGUGGCCGUGGCUUUGGUAUGGACUUUGCUUUAUACUGAGGGCUUGGGAUGGGGAAACAAUUUGUAUUUUCCUUUGUUUCUUAGCACAAGUGAGUUGAGACCCCGUCUGUAACUUCACAGCUCCCCAAGACUCUUUUAAACUGCUGUAAUUCCAAACCUCCCUUAUUGCCCAGGCCAACAGGCUCUUCAUUGAGAACUGGUCUAAGGGUCUCCAGCCCUUUUGGACCUGGAAUUUUGAGCCUCGUGUGUCCUGAUCCCAAGGGAGGCAAAGGGGAAGGUGUAUAUUUGGGGUCUGCUUCCUGCCUGAGUAAGCCAUCAGGAGCCAGCGUCUGCUCCUCAUGAACUUUCCGGCAACAAGGGGAAUCCACCGAACACUCUCAGCGCCUUAUCUGGGCUUCUCUGGGCUCUUUCUCCCGCCUUCUCAGGAAAGCUGGUGUCUGGCUCUGACCAGGAAGACCAUAAGGGUCUCAGGGCUCACUCGAUUCUACUGUGUGCAUUUGCUUCCACAAACUUCCUGGCGACUGGGACAGAGGUUGCUACCUCUCACAGAUGGGACCCAUGUUUGUGGGGCCUGGUGGUCCUGGGAAGAGUGUCCUAAGUUGGUGAAGGCAUCCUGGUGGGACUUGGAGCUAUGGGAGGCUCCACAGUUCCCAUUCCAAAGGAUGGAAGGGGAGAAGCCAGCCCUGGAACAGGCACAGCAGAAGGGUCCAGAGGCAGAGGACCCAGACAGUACGUCAGCUUCCCAAUAGAGGCCCAGUGUGAUGGGGUCCCAGACAAGGAUCCUCGGUCAGGGCUGGGCCAGCAGCGGCCCAGAUCCCCGAAGGUGAGCUUGGCGCCCCGGAGGCCUGCCAGCACUGCCAGCCGUUUACUGUGACUGCCCCAGACCCUUUCCAAGGAGACUCCGGGGCAUCUGGAAGGCCACUCUCUGGGUCAACGGAUGUGUGGUCAUUUGACCUUUUUCCUAUAAACUCCUAACCUGGCUUUUUCCACUUCAAUUCCUGUGAUUUAUGCCAAUAAAGUUUGCCAUUAUUUUCA